GGGCACAUGCCUGGAUCGGCAUAAAACGAUAAAGCCCAAAAUUUCUCAGUCGUCUGUCUGCACAUCACCCCAUCGCUCUGAUUGUCCAGAUCAGCAAAAAGCAGUAUUCAGAAAUGAGCAGACUAAAUGCUGGCGCUUUUGAGUUCGUGCCAGGACGAACUCUCCGUGCACCACAGCCUAGUGCACCCCAGCCUUCGCUGGCACCUGUCGAACGUCCCCUGCAAACAGAAGCACCAGCUCCUCCUCCAACAAUCUCUUUGAAUAUCGGUGGUGCUAAACCUCCCCCUGCACCAGCACCAGCACCAGCAGCCGUACACCAUCCAGUCACACCCGCUAGCACUGGUACAUCUACCCCAGUGUUCACAAUGGACAAGGCAAAGACAGAUACGCUGGCCAUCGCAAGAGAAGUACAAGCCGUUGCUGAUCGAGAAGUACUUAAGGAUCUUUAUGGUGACGUAAAGGAACACUUGAACAUCGUCUUUAUCGGACAUGUAGAUGCUGGCAAAAGUACGCUGGGCGGAAAUCUGCUCUAUAUCACCGGUUCAGUCGACAAACGGACCAUGGAAAAAUACGAGCGUGAAGCCAAAGAAGCCGGGAGAGAGAGUUGGUACCUCAGCUGGGCCCUAGAUUCCACUCCUCAGGAGCGUAGUAAAGGAAAAACAGUCGAAGUCGGUCGUGCCUACUUUGAAACAGACAUGCGCCGAUACACUAUCUUGGAUGCUCCAGGCCAUAAAACAUAUGUGCCUUCUAUGAUAUCUGGUGCCGCUCAAGCAGAUGUCGCAAUACUUGUGAUUUCUGCCCGCAAGGGUGAAUUCGAGACGGGCUUCGAGAAGGGUGGUCAGACACGAGAGCAUAUCAUGUUGGUGAAGACAGCCGGCGUGUCUAAAGUAAUCGUCGUUAUCAACAAAAUGGACGAGCCCACCGUGAAAUGGGAACAGUCGCGAUACAACGAAAUUAAAGAUAAAUUGACGCCAUUCAUCAAGGCAGCCGGUUUCAAUCCCAAAACCGACGUUACUUUCAUACCUGUCUCUGCAUAUACCGGCAUGAACUUGAAGGACCGUGUUUCCAAGUCUGAUUGUUCCUGGUGGGACGGCCCAUCUUUCCUUGAACAUAUGGAUCACAUGCCUAUGGUUGACAGAAAAAUUAACUCGCCAUUGAUGAUGCCCAUAUCUGAAAAAUAUAAAGAUAUGGGUGCGAUCGUGGUCGGGAAAAUUGAGUCUGGCCAUAUGCGCAAGGGAGACAACCUGAUUCUUAUGCCGAACAGGGUUUUCGUUGAAGUUGCCGCCAUCUACAAUGAGCUAGAGGAUGAAAUCUCCAAAGCACUUUGUGGAGACAAUGUGCGCGUACGUUUGCGUGGUGUUGAAGAUGAGGAUAUCACUCCUGGAUUCGUGCUCACAAGCCCCAAAACUCCUGUACACUCUGUGCGCCAAUUCGAAGCACAACUAGCUAUUCUAGAGCAUAAGAGCAUUAUAUGUGCGGGUUACUCAGCGGUAAUGCACAUCCAUACUUUGUCAGAGGAGGUUACACUACCUGCUUUGUUGCAUUACUUUGACAAAACGACAGGUCGCAAAUCAAAAAAACCACCUCAAUUUGCCAAGAGGGGUCAGAAGAUCGUGGCGCUCGUUGAGACCACUGCGCCUAUUUGUAUCGAGCGUUUCGUAGACUAUCCACAGCUAGGCCGUUUCACCCUCAGAGAUGAAGGGAGAACGGUGGCCAUUGGAAAGGUUACAAAACUGAUUGAUAGCCGGAUCGACGAAGUAGCUGAAGGCGUAUCGAGCGUCUCUUUAUCCAACGCGUAAUGGUGAUCAGACUGCAUCUUGCAUUGCCGUUUAGCUUAGAACUCCUGAUGGCUUCUGAUCACAUGUUGGUACGAUACCACGAAUUGGCAAUUAUUGUACGUCCCUAGCGCCACCUCUAGAUAUAGUCAAACCAUCUGUAUGUUGUAGAGUGUUUUAGUGCUUCCAGUAGUGUAAGAGAUUGUUGUACGAGCAGUAGGAAAGACGAAUUGAAGUUUGUAGCAUUG